AUGGGCAAGAGCACGUUCACCACGAACGAUAAGUACGGUUCGGGUGAUGCUGAUCAGGAGGAGCUCGCGCCUUCCAUGACUUUCACUCCCGAGUGA